UCCCUCCCUCCCUCCCCUCGUUCAGAGACCGCGGCCGUAAAUAUGGAGGAGCAAGGCCGCAAUGGGCGGGCCGCGGCGGCAGAGUCGUCGGUGCCACUGCUGGAGAAGAAGGCGGACGGCGUGCUGUACGUGGAGGGCUGCCCCGGGUGCGCGGUGGACCGGCGGAAGGCGGCGAAUCCGGGCAUCCCCUACGGCACCUUCAUCUACGUCUGGACCGUCACCCUCUGCACCGGGGUGGGGAGGGUUCCAUUCCAUUGCCUUGCCUGCCUGCAAACAAUGGCGGCGGCCAAUGGGGAGGAGGAGGGGACUUCGCCGCUGCUGAGCAAGGAGGAGGAGCGCCGGUACCACCCGGGCUGCCCGGGCUGCGACCACGACCGGAGGAAGGAGCUCCGCACCGGGCUGCCGUACAAGGAAUUCUCCUACGUUUGGAUGAUCUGUCUUACCACCGCUUUACCAAUAUCGUCACUGUUCCCCUUCUUGUAUUUCAUGAUAAGAGAUUUGCAUGUUGCAAAAAGAACAGAAGAUAUUGGGUUCUAUGCUGGAUUUGUAGGUGCUUCUUUUAUGUUUGGUAGAUGUUUGACUUCAACUCUUUGGGGAAUAGCAGCAGAUCGUAUUGGGAGGAAGCCUGUUGUUAUGUUUGGCAUUCUCUCUGUGGUAAUAUUUAAUACUUUGUUUGGGCUUAGCGUCACAUAUUGGAUGGCAAUAGCUGCAAGGUUUCUCCUUGGCGCUUUAAAUGGCUUACUUGGACCAAUGAAGGCUUAUGCUAUUGAAGUUUGCCGACCUGAACAUGAACCUCUAGCACUAUCACUUGUCAGCACGGCAUGGGGAAUAGGUCUCAUCAUUGGUCCUGCUCUUGGAGGCUACCUUGCACUGCCUGCAGAAAAAUACCCAAAUAUAUUUUCGCCUGACUCAUUAUUUGGAAGGUUCCCGUACUUCUUACCAUGCUUAUGCACAUCAGUCUUUGCUGCCAUUGUUCUGAUAAGCUGCAUAUGGAUGCCGGAGACGUUACACAAGCAUAAAGUCAGUGAUGAUGGAAAUCAAAGUGUUGAAGCUUUGGAGGCCCAUCUGAUUGAUCCAAAAGAGGAGGUUGGACAAAGUAAUAUUUCGAAUACCAAGAAGAGCUUAUUCAAGAAUUGGCCAUUGAUGUCAUCUAUAAUUGUUUAUUGCAUCUUCUCCUUCCACGACAUGGCUUAUACAGAGGUGUUCUCUCUAUGGGCUGAAAGUGAGAGGAAGUAUGGUGGACUGAGUUUAUCAUCUGAAGAUGUAGGUCAAACACUUGCAAUUACAGGUGCCAGUCUUCUUGUGUAUCAACUAUUUAUGUACCCAUCCAUCAUUCAAGUUCUUGGACCUAUCAAAUCUUCUCAGAUCGCAGCUGUUCUGUGCAUACCUAUUCUCUUUGCCUACCCCUAUAUGACGUACCUGUCAGGACCUGGAUUAUCGAUCGUACUGAAUAUUGCAUCAGUCAUAAAAAAUAAUCUUGGUGUUACCAUCAUCACAGGCACUUUCAUCCUUCAAAACAAUGCAGUGCCUCAGAACCAAAGAGGAGCAGCAAAUGGAUUAGCCAUGACUGGAAUGUCCUUUUUCAAGGCAGUUGCCCCUGCAGGUGCUGGCAUUGUGUUCUCGUGGGCGCAGAAACGCCAGCAUGCUUUCUUCUUUCCAGGUGAUCAGAUGGUGUUCUUUCUGCUGAACAUCAUCGAGCUCCUUGGACUUGUCCUCACAUUCAGACCCUUCCUGGCCGUGCCAGAGCAGUAUGAAAGAAACUAGCCUUUAUUAUUAUAGAAUUUUUUUGGAUUAUUAAUGAGACGAUGACGAAUCAUGCGGCCCGGCAGCCGCGAGGAGAAGGGCUCAAGGGCGCCCUUGCACCAGGAUAAGAGUUGGUUACCUGUGCUUGUGUGUAACAUAUAGUAUGUUGUAGCAGCAUCUCAGAGUGGAGGUGGUGCAUAUAUAUAUAUAUAUAUAUAUAUAUAUAUAUAUAUAUAUAGACACACACAUGUUGUCUGGUAUAUAGAUGGUGGUGGCCAGUCAAGUUGGUUGUUUGCCAUUAGUUAGGAAGCAGCAACAUUUGUAAAACCAGUGUACAAUGCAAGACACUGUACUGGCUGGGAAGAAAUAAUCUGGUGGAAAUUGAUGGCAUUGGCAUAGUCAGUUGUCCA